AAUGUACACACCACGUGGGAAAGUGCGGCAUUGUGAUUUUACUUUAAUAACUACUGUUUAUAGAACAUUUAUAAACAAACGAAACUUGUAACGAACGUUGAAUUGUUAAAAUAGUUAAUAGUUUUAGUUAUCUAGUUGCCGGCUGCUUUUAAUAAAAGCGGUGAAUAAAAAAUGCCUGUAAUUGAACGAAUUAUAAAGCCCAAAACACAUAAAGGAAAACAAGCUAUUUUAAAAAGAGAACCUAAAAUAAUUGAAAAUGCUAAACAAACGUUCUUCAUAAAAGGUCUUAAAACAACAGAAGUCUUGCAAAGUUGCAUGAAAAAUUUGUAUAUUUUAAAGAAACCAUAUGGGCAAAUAUUACAAAGGAGAAACGAUAUACGUCCGUUUGAAGAUCCGACACCACUUGAAAAUUUUGGUAGAAAGUUUAAUGCUUCGUUGUUUGUUCUAAUAAACAAUAAUAAAAAACGACCUAACAAUCUCAUAAUAGGUCGAUUGUUUGAACAUACUAUAAUGGAUAUAGUAGAAUUUGGUGUUGAGGACUAUAAAUGUCUAACAAAUUUUAAAUUAGAAAAAAUUUCCAGUGACAUUAAACCUAUGUUAGUGUUUCAGGGAGAAUUAUUUGAAAGUAAUCACGAAUAUAGAAGAAUUAAGAAUUUAUUGAUCGAUAUGUUUCAACGAGAAACAGUUAAGCAAAUUAGGUUGCAAGGAUUGGAACAUGUAUUAAGUUUUACAGCUAACGAUAAUUGUAUUCUUUUCCGAAGUUAUAAAGUACUGUUAAAAAAGUCAGGUACUCGAGUACCAAGAAUUGAAUUAGCAGAAAUAGGACCACGUAUGAAUUUAAGAAUUAGAAGGACAAAACUCGCUACGGAUGAUCUAUUUAAACAAGCUUGCAAAAAGCCAAAAGAAUUGAAGGUCAAAAAGAAAAAGAACAUCAGUGAAGAUAACUUAGGAAAAACUUUAGGAAGAGUACACGUAGGCACCCAAAAAUUGAAUACGAUACAAACAAGGAAAAUGAAAGGAUUGCGUAAAACAUUAACGGAAAGAAAGUCCGAAAGGAAACGAAAACAAGUAAUUACAGAAGAAGAUAAUGCUAAGAAAAUUAAAGUUAAUACGGAUGAAAAUAAUAUUUAAAUUAUUAGUUGA